GCAGUCCACUACCACCAUGGGCCAGAUGACAUCAGUGCCAACAACGAUGACAACGACGACAACGACGACGGUGCCACCAUCUGGGUGCCCAAUGCACCAGGAUUCGAAGCCGAUUCAGUGUCCUGUCGACCAUGCAAAGCCGGCCCAGUGCCCUGUGGAUCACUCCAAAACAGCCCAGUGUCCUGUUGACCCGCAGGCGCUCAAUUCGCUGAACCAAAUGCCAAAUCUCUCACAGUCACCUGCACCAAAUCAGACCAUGCACCUGCCAUUGGAUCGCACGCAGUCCUCCAUUCCCCGUGAUCAUUCUGCCAAAUGGGAGUAUCCCUCACCUCAGCAAUUCUACAACGCGUUAGUCAGGAAGGGAUGGGAAACGCCAGAAGAACAUGUCGAGGUGAUGGUAGAGAUCCAUAAUUUCUUGAAUGAGCAAGCGUGGCAGGAGGUGUUGAAGUGGGAAAAGAGGGCUUGCGAUUCUGAUGACAUACAAUUGGCUCGGUUCAAAGGACGGCCUGGGGAAAUGUCGCCCAAGGCACGGUUCUGGAUGUUUGCUGGCUGGUUGUUGCCUUCUCGAUUCAACACCGAACCACCAUUUGACCGUCACGACUGGGUAGUUCGCCGACCAAAAACUGGCGAUGAGGUUCGCUAUGUGAUUGACUACUAUUCUGCCCCUCCCGAACCCGAUGGCUCACCAGUCUUCUCUCUGGAUGUGCGCCCGGCCUUGGACAGCUUCGGAAGUAUAAAGGAGCGCAUUGCUGUCGCUACUGAGAAUGUCUGGGCAAGCUUCAAGGAGAAUCCUUCGAAGCGGACAUGAUGAGCAAAAGUAUAUAGAUAUUACUACUAGAUGUAUAUUUAUUAAAUAAAUACGAUCCUUUCAACGGA